UUGUUUGGGGCAGUUGGACUCAGGUACCGUACAAUCAAGCUCCGCACUCGAAGGCUCUCCAGUCUCACACACGAGGAUCACCAGACAACCAUUGCGGACCCCUGCGCACAACCUCGGGCCUUAGCUAAGUCCUCGCCUUCCAUUAUACCGCCUAACUGGAUUCUCCGCCAAGCUAUAUCGUCAUCUCCUGGGAUCCUGCUGCCUCAAGAUGGUCAUCCUUCGUGCAUUCCUCAUUGCAGCCGCGCUGUGCGUAACCCGAGCCGUGUCUGGCCGCGAGACUGUACAAGAUGCAGCUGUACUGGCCAGGACUUUGGUCGAUCUAUCGCCGUCCAGUAUCGGGACGAUGGCUACCAUGUUCCCCGAUGACCAUGCAACCUUGGCAGGCCAGCCAUUUUCCUUGCAAGAGUACUACGCUAGCUGCCAUGCUAAUGGCUCUCUGGUCCUGCUCUUCAUGCCGAUCUCUCGCGCGAGCCAGAACGUACUGCACUCGGACACUCGCUCGGUCUCAAUCUCGGUCAUGGACGCGCAUCCGGACGCGAGCCGUCCUCGUGUAUCGCUAAUCGGAAACGUGACGGUCUUCACCGAUGUGGACGCUAUCCCUGACGAAGAGGCGAUGAAGGCCUGCUACGUUGCGAAGCAUCCCGAUGCUCGUCGCUGGGUCCCAGGGCCGAGAGAGCCUCAUGUGGCAUACUGGGCGCGAUUCGACCCACAGACGAUUUACUAUGUCGGGGGUUUCGGAGGCCUCCACUACAUCGGGUACAUACCCCUGGAGAUCUACCACGAGGCAAAGCCUUCAGGCGUCCGCGACUGGUUCCGACAGGCCACGGACUCACAGAACCCGCCCCUGGCGGUGCAGUCGGAAAUGGAUGUCUAAUCCACGACUCGAUAUGUGUCUUGGAGCAGAUCCACGCAUUGCACGUCCGCUCAGUAGGGAAAUGGUUCAAACGACUGAAGGAAGCAAUCCGCUGUUGUAUCCGUAUCUGUUGUACAGUUUAGCAGAAUUGAAUCGCGAUGAUGCGCUCGCUAAACCUGUUGGACGAGGUGGCAAGUCCCAUCAUGUUCAAUAUACAAGCAUGUCGCUGAAUAGAGAACCCC